UCCUGCUUGGCCCCGGAUGGAAGAAGGCCUCCUAUUGUCCUCGUAGAGGAAGCCACCCCGGGGCCCGGGGAUGAGCCAAGUAGGAUUCCGGGAACCUCGUGGCUGGGGGCCCGGCCCGGGCUGGCUGGCUGGCACGCCUCCUGUAUAAGGCCCCGAGCCCGCUGUCUCAGCCCUCCACUCCCUGCAGAGCUCAGAAGCACGACCCCAGCUGCAGCCAUGAAGUGCCUCCUGCUUGCCCUGGGCCUGGCCCUCGCCUGUGGCAUCCAGGCCAUCAUCGUCACCCAGACCAUGAAAGGCCUGGACAUCCAGAAGGUGGCGGGGACUUGGUACUCCUUGGCUAUGGCGGCCAGCGACAUCUCCCUGCUGGACGCCCAGAGUGCCCCCCUGAGAGUGUACGUGGAGGAGCUGAAGCCCACCCCCGAGGGCAACCUGGAGAUCCUGCUGCAGAAAUGGGAGAACGGUGAGUGUGCUCAGAAGAAGAUUAUUGCAGAAAAAACCAAGAUCCCUGCGGUGUUCAAGAUCGAUGCCUUGAACGAGAACAAAGUCCUUGUGCUGGACACCGACUACAAAAAGUACCUGCUCUUCUGCAUGGAAAACAGUGCUGAGCCCGAGCAAAGCCUGGCCUGCCAGUGCCUGGUCAGGACCCCAGAGGUGGACAAGGAGGCCCUGGAGAAAUUCGACAAAGCCCUCAAGGCCCUGCCCAUGCACAUCCGGCUCGCCUUCAACCCGACCCAGCUGGAGGGCCAGUGCCACGUCUAGGGCCCGGGAGCCUUGGCCCCUCUGGGGACAGACGACGUCACCCCCGCCUCCCCCAUCAGGGGGACCAGGAGGGACCGGGACCACGGUCACCUCUCCUGGGACCCAGGCCCCUCCAGGCCCCUCCUGUGGCCUCCUGCUCGGGGCCGCUCCUCCUUCAGCAAUAAAGGCAUAAACCUGUGCUCUC